CCCAAUUCUAAAAUCAUAUCUUUUUAAGGUAUUUGUUUCAUUACUGAAAGAUACAAAAUGAGCAAAGCUAGAAAGGUGAAGCUUGAAAAAUCGAAGGGCAAACUGCUUGUGCCCUCCGAUAAUUCGCCAAUGGACGAUGUAGCCAUUGAGGAAUUAAGAUCUCAACAAGCAGCCAGCGAAGCGUCAUUUUCGAUUCAUCCGAAAAAGGUGCAGUACGAAAAUACGUACAGGAUGGAUCCAGAGGAUAGAUUUAAGCCGUACGAGAUUGAAGGAACUGCUAUGAACAUAUUAAAAAGUCAUCUUGGUGAAAGUGCUUAUGACCCAGAAAUGUGCCGCAAUGAAUCUCUUGCCAUCGCGGCCAAAAUAUCCGAAGCUCUCAAAGCGAAAAACUACAAGCGAUACAAGCACGUUGUGGUGGUCAGUAUUGGUAGCCUGAAAGAACGUCCUGGUGUGUAUCUUGGCAGUCGCUGUUUAUGGAACGACAAGACAGACUCGUUUGCAACAGUACGAUACCAAAACACGUCGUUGUAUGCCAUUGCCAUGGUAUAUGGUCUCUACUAUGAAUAGUUGGUUUUCCAUAUGCGUGAUGUUUUUAUCUUGAAAGCCAUAUUUCCUGUAGUCGUUUACUUGUGAGCUCCUAUAUUUUUUUAUUUCUCUUUUGUAUGUCUUCAGUGUUGCAGCAUUGUUAUGUGAAAUUAAAAGAAGCACAAUUUUA